AUGAAUAGAAAUCUAAUUAUUUUGCUACUUAUUGGUAGUUCAGUUGCUGGUCAAUCAGCUAGAGUUUUUGGUCAAGUGUUCGAAGAGAAUACUGAGCAAAGUCAAUUACAAUUAGGUCAGCGUCCAUUCAACUAUUUCAACGAUUGUGAAGAUGCACUGAAGAAAGGAUUUAAAAUGAGUGGCGUUUAUCAUAUAAAGCCGAAAGCUUCGUUUAGACCAUUUCGAGUGUGGUGCGACAUGGAAACGGAUGGCGGCGGAUGGACUCUCAUUCAAGCUAGAUUUGAUGGGCUGAUUGACUUUUUUAGAAACUGGGUUGCAUAUCGGAAUGGAUUUGGUAGCGUUGAUAGUGAACACUGGCUCGGAAAUAACUUUAUGCACCAAAUAACCGAAAAUAAUGAUUAUCAGUUGAAAAUUGAAGUGACUGGUUUUCUAGAGAACGAAUUUGCUUUUGCCAAAUAUUCACCGUUCCGAAUUGGCUCGGAGGACGAAAACUAUAAACUCUACGUCGGGAAUUUUACUGGUGAGGGACAAAUUAGUGAUUCUCUAACGUAUCAUAAUGGAUCUAUGUUCACAACAACUGACAAACAUAACGAUGGUUACGUGUUUAAUUGUGCUACUAGGUUUAAAAGUGCUUGGUGGUUUCGUUCAUGUUUCUUUGUUAAUCUUAAUGGAAUUUGGAUGAGUAAACACCGUUCACUUGCAUCCAGAGGUUCACAAUCGCCUGAUAAUCAAAAUGGAGUAAAUUAUCGGCAAGCUUUCAACGACGAUUUUUACAGUUUAAAAAGCGUUGAAAUGAAAGUGAGACGGAUGCGACCAGCGUGA